UCUACCCGAGUGGGUGUGUCCUCGCCCGCCCCAGGAGCCGGUCCUACCAGCCCAGCCCAGCCCAGAGCAGGCAGCGGAAGGAAGCUGGUGCAAGGCAGCUGUGGCAGAGUCACAGGGAACACAGGUCUCCGUUGCUGAUGGUGCUGUGAUCAAAGGCAUCCAUGCCACCCUUGCGGCCUUCUGUCCUGCAGCCAUACCCCACAUCCUCAUGCCCUGCUUCUGCUUGCCCUGGGACUCUCCGUGCAGCCUCCAGGGUCCCCCUGGAGACGAAUGCAAUGCCAGGAUCCUGUUGUGCCCUGUGACGCCCACCACCUAGCUCAUCCUCACUUCUGGGUACCAUGACCUGCAACACUUCUGCCAAUGGCUCUUCCAACUACUCUGCUCUUCCUGAGUGCCCAGACUACCAGACCACCCACUUCCACCACAUGGUGGUCUACAGCCUGGUGCUGGCCACUGGGUUGCCUCUCAAUGCACUGGCCCUCUGGGUCUUCACGCGUGCCAUUCGCGUGCACUCAGUGGUGAGCAUAUACAUGUGCAAUCUGGCGGCCAGUGACCUGCUCUUCACCCUCUCACUGCCCCUGCGCCUCUCCUACUACGCACUGCACUACUGGGCCCUCCCGGACUUCAUGUGCCAGGUGGCGGGUGCCAUCUUCCAGAUGAACAUGUACGGCAGCUGCGUCUUCUUGACCCUCAUCAACCUGGACCGCUAUGUCGCCAUCGUGCACCCGCUGCGGCUGCGCCACCUGCGGCGGCCCCGCCUAGCCCGACGGCUCUGCCUGGGCGUGUGGGCGCUCCUCCUGGUGUUCUCCGUGCCCGCCAUCAGGGUGCACAAGCCCUCGCGCUGCAGGUACGGCGACAACAACACGACGCGCCUGUGCUUCGAGGGCUUCGGCGCUAUGUGGGAGGGAAAGCGGCUGCUGCCGCUCGUGCUGCUGGCCGAGGUGCUGGGCUUCCUGCUGCCUCUGGCGGCCGUGGUCUACUCGUCGGGCCGGGUCUUCUGGACCCUGGCGCAGCCCGACGCCAGGCGGACCCAGCGGCGGCGGAAGACCGUGCGCCUUCUGCUGGCCAACCUCGUCAUCUUCCUGGUGUGCUUCGUGCCCUACAACACCACGCUGGCCGUCUACGGGCUGCUGCGGGGCUACUCAGACAAGAAUAACCAGGAGGCCCGCAAGCUGGCGAAGCAGGUGCGCGACGUGCUGAUGGUGAUGGUGCUCUUGGCCAGCUCCAACUGCGUGCUGGACCCGCUGGUGUACUACUUCAGCGCCGAUGGCUUCCGCAACACCCUGCGCGACCUGGGCACGAAGCUGCGCCCCAGGACCGUGGUCACCAAGGGUGGUCCGGAAACGCUAGCCGAAAAGUCCACCGAGAACACCCACACGGACAGCGAGCUUCCCGCCAGCCAGGGGCUGCUCCGGUCCUCCGAUCCAGACCCCGGGGGACCCUUCAGCCUGCGCUCCGAGGACUCGGCCCUCUAAAGGCAAAUUGAGCCAGAACGCGGUGACCCUCCCCAGGCCUUUGCGCCUCGCGCACUCACACGUGCAGGGGGUGCGCACAGGAGGUGGGUUGGGCAUUUGGACUUCCCCGUGGUAGCUCCAGCUCAUAAAUGCAGAAGAGAAGGAAGUGGGGGCACAGGGGAGGAAGAGAGCUGGUGGACGUGUUUACUUUUAGUUGGCGGUGAUGCUGGCCCUGGAUGCGGAGGACCCCUCCCCAAAGUCGUAGGAGUGAUGCUGCCAACGCAGCGACAGAAGACUGGAUGAAGUGCCCUGGACGGGAGGCAUGAAACACUCCCAAAAGCUAGUACAUGGAGCAGAAAAUGGGGUCCUCGACUUAGACUGACCCCAACAGUCUCAGGACCUUGAACGCCAGCCUCUUUCUCCAGGGCUUCCUUGGGCAGACAUAGAGGAGUAAUACAAGAGGCUAUUUGAUACUCACAGCAUCCUUUCCUAUCUUAUUUGGUAGGAAUUGAGACCUCACAGUCAGCAUGGGGGCAGAGCAAAACUGAUGGCCUCCCCCAUUCCCAGACAUGCCUGUUCCCCUUUCUAGGUGAUUGCUUUGUCUGCCACUUCACUUCCCUUUUAGGAGAGUCUCCAUUCUAUGUCCUUCUCUCUCUCUCUCUCUCUCUCUCUCUCUCUCUCUCUCUCUCUCUCU